AAAAAAAAAGAAAAAAAAAAUCACUCAUUGGAUCAGCAAACUCAGAUUUGAAAAUCAAAAGAAAUAACACAAAAAAGUGAUCUCUUUGCUUCUCUUUAUCGUCACCUCCGCCUCUCUCAGUGAGCUUCUUUUCCAACUCUAGAGGAAUCUACUCUUCAAUGCUGUUAAAAAAAGGGUCUUCAAAAGUUCGAAAAUCCUCGAAAGUCGAUAAUGGAAUACUUGCAUUGGUGAAAUCACUGGGUAGUUUAAUGGGGCCUGAGAUCGCUAUCAACGUAAAGAUGGCAACUUGGCAGCUCGUCAAGUGGGAUGGCUCGAGCGGCACCUGGAAAGAGCACGGCCAAGAAAUCAACACAGGGUGCCCUUCGAAAUUCUUAGUCAUGUGCUUGAACAAAAUUCAAGAUGGGGUUCAAGUAGAUAUGCCUCUUUUCGCGAGUUCGUGGGGGCUCGAGUUUUGGAAUAGCUAUGCCAAUGGGAGUGACUUGAUAGAUGUUAAUGAUGGAGGCUGUAACUCGGUGGAGAAAAUAGCUUGGGUGGCAUCGGCUGCAGCUGAUACAAUAUCGAUCAAGGAGAAAGAGGGUGUCUCGUUUGACGGGCCUUUCCUUUUGUAUAUCGUGCCUUCACAAGAGAAAACGUACGAGGUAAGCGAAAUCUGCAAGUUUUUGGAAGUUGUCGGGAUACAAACCCUGGUUUUGCAUUCGGGUGCGUCCAUAGAACAUCAAAUUCACAGCUUGAAGAGUUAUGAGCCAGAGUUUGUUGUGUCCACACCUGAGAAACUUUUGGAGCUUUUGUCCUUAAAGGCAAUCGACUUAUCUGAUGUUUCCUUAAUGAUUGUUGAUGGAGUAGAAGAUCCACUUGACGACACUACUCACUUAAAUGCACUUCAAUCGAUUCGGCAGUUCAUCACCGGAACUCCUCAGACCGUUGUUUUCUGCAACAGCAAAUAAUUUUAUUUUAUUUUUCUUGUGGAAGCUGUAAAAUGGUUUUCUUACCUGAGUGUUCCUUCUGCGGCUCGUCGAUAAAUUUUAUCAUAGAGAAACUAACUGUUACAGGUUUUCUGCUUUAUUUGAUAGUUCAUAUACAUUUUAUACGAAGUGAUGAAAAUUUUGGAAUAAUUCUUAUUAUUAUGGCGUGACAUGGUACUGGUG